GUGUCCUGUUGGUUGCUAACAUGACAGCAGCAGAAAGCCGAGCACAACCUGGUCUGCGCCCAGCCUUGGAAACUUCUUCUGGCAACAAGCCCGAUUCCCCUCGGCAUCCUCACUAAUUCGGGGCACACUCGCCCUUGCUCGGGGCUCCUUCGGCUAACCAUGGGAUGUGUGCGGUAUGCAAACAGUUUGACAUGUAGUAGUAUGCAGGGGGCACAGCUGUGUCGACAGCAGAAGUCUAGGGAACGGUUGAGCUUCGAUAAAAUAUCAGGGCUUGCUCAGUGUAUCCUCGGUCAUGUAAGUUCACCAUAGCACUGCCAGGGUCAACAGUUUUAAAAUGUGGCAAAAUAUCUUGGGGUGUAAAUAAUACAACUAGGUUAAUGAUAGACGUUGGCACCUAUGUAGGCAUUUCAUAAAUUGAGGACCCCCUGUAAUGUUUACGAGGUUUAGGAAUUAUUAAUCAUAACAAAACAUAACAGAAACAAACCCCUAAUGCCCUCAAAGCUCACCGGCGUCCUCUAGCGGUGACAAACUUUCAAAAGGUGGAGCGACGAUGUGCUUGAAGGAAGACUCUUGUUUGUUUUUAUUUGUUUGUUUUUUUCUUUGUAUUUGCAUGACGGCAUGAGCUAAGAUGGUGACCGACGCAUCAAUCAAUGAACGAAUUUGCGGAGGGCCUCUGUUACAAAGCGUCGCAGCCUGCGAGAGGUUCUGGUGAAUAGUGAUAGUGAAUGUCACUGGGAGGAAUCACGGGAGUUUUGUUUGUUGGUUGGUUUGGUUGCUGUGGUCUUGGACAUAUUUAUAGCCCAUAUUGUGUCAAGUGCAAGUGAGCCGACUUCAGGACUGAACCGCUAGCAUGGCUUCCUCCACACUAAAUGAAAUAAUGUGCAGUCGAUGUAAGAAAAUGCGAUCGGAGGUGUUAGUGUCGAAGCCACACUAUGAUGGCGGAGCGGUGGCUCAGGGGCUCCAGCAGGAGCGAGGGGCCCCUUCGGAGCCGUCCGCGGGCUUAGCGACCGCGGGCUUCCGCUCCGCUAAGUACACCCCGGCCGAGUGGUUCUCCGGUUACCGCAGCCUCCUCCAGCAGGCGGGCGCCGACCACUUCGGGGCCAGGACCAUCCAGGAAGAGUCCAGGCUCCUGCGGAAGGACACCGAGGCCACCACCGAGCAAACCCAGACCGACGGGACCCGCCUGCUGGGAGAGAGGCUGCAGGACAUCCACCGCUGGAAGUCGGAGCUGCAGGAGCACAUCGAGCGGCUGCUGUCCGACACGACGGCCCUGCAGGCCCUCAAGAUGCGGCUGGAGAGGGCGCUGGACGCCACGGAGACUCCUUACGCCAUCGCAGUCGACAACCUGACCUGCAGGAGCCGGCGACUGGGGCAGGACCUGGUCCGGGACUGCGUGGAGGAGGAACUGCUCAAGGAAGUGGACUUGAUCAGGAGUGUCCAGGCCCUUCUGAAGAGAACCAUCGCCCAGGUUGCCACUCAGAUCAGGUUGAACAGAGAUGCCAAGCAGUCGUUGGAGUUUGACUGGUCUGAUAAGUACGAGGCCUACGCCUUGGACCUCCAAUGUGGAAGAUUCAACAACAAAAGCACAGACACACAACAUCACACCAUUUCAGCCGCCAUGCAGGAGCAGAUGUCUAAUGUCCCGUCAUGGAUAAAGUUCACACAGGACAACCUCUACAGGGCCUUCCGGGAGGAAAAGGCCACCAAGGAUCUCAGUGAGUUGGUGCAGCAGGUGCUUCUGGACACCACUAAGGACCUGAGAGUCCAGUGCGCCAACGUGGACCAAGCCUUCUUAGAACGCUGUGCAGAGCAGAUGGAUGCCAAGAUCCAGCUAGAGAUGCAGUUCAAGGAGACCUUGGAGCAGAUUGGAGCUCAGGAGAGAAACAUAGUGGCUUUGCAGAAGGCCAUCGACGACAAAGACGCUCCGCAGAGAGUUGCUGAGUCCCGACUGUACCGCCGCUAUCUGAGACCCAACAUGGAGCUCUGCAGGGAUGAACCCCAGAUCAGCUUGGAAGGGGAGGUGAAGGAGAUUGAUGCCACCCUAGCAUCUCUGAGGCAGCAGCUGCGCGAUGCCCGCAACUCACUGUUCCACCUGGAGGAGACCCGUAUGGCGCUUGAGAAGGACAUUAUGUGUAAAUCCAACUCGCUGUUCAUCGAAAGAGAGAAAUGCAUGAAUCAACGCAAAUUGUAUCCGACAAUCUCCACACUUUCCGGGUACUGAACAAAAUACUUUUGCCUUGAUGUGGUAAAAAGCAUAACCACAUACUCUUUGCUGAAGAUGGGCUGAUGUUCACUGCACUGGCAGUGAAAAGUCAGUAAUAUUUAUUUGUUGGACCACUUUAAGACUAACCAUGGAAUUUCUUAAUCAUUUCACCAAGCAUAUGAAGAUCAGAACAUUUCCAACCCGAACUACAUUUCCGUACACGGGGUUUAAGGUGUGAACUCUUGAGUGUGUGGUCACCCAUUUGUUUGAAAACCACCACUCUAAACCCCCUCUUCACUCUGUGAGCCCAAAUAAUCUGAAGAAUAUGCCUAAAGAGUCAGGAAAGAAAUAAAAUGCUCAUUCAGAAUAUUCAGGCUUUCACGAGAGCUCAGUUUUCAUCAUUGUUAAACUUGGACCUGAUCCUCGCAAGCUCUGAUCUUAGCUUGCUGUGCUAAUCAUUGCUGUGUGCCCGCACCCGCUACCAAUAAGUGGUCAUCUUGAGAACAUUCAUCCAUUCAUUUUCUGAGCCACUUAUCCUCACAAGGGUCACGGGAGUGCUGGAGCCAAUUGCAGCUGGGCUGGGUGCACCCUGUCCUAGUAGCCAGCCAAUCACAGGGCACAUACACCAAAUACCCAUUCGCACUCACUUUCACCACCUAUGGGCAAUUUAGAGUCUUCAAUUAACCAACCAUGCAUGUUUUCGGGGUGUGGGAGGAAACAGGACUACCUGGAGAAAACAUGCAGAGUACACCUUAUUUUUAUAUUUUAUUUUAAAGGCAAUUCUUGGAACAACAGACAAAAAGCACUGUAACGAUGAACUGUUCUACAUCAUGUCCACAACUUGUAAAACUGGAAAAAUGUACUAUUCCCUCCAUAUCACAUCCAAAACACUGAGUACACCCCAUAUAGAAAAUGUCCUAGUUGGGCAUAAAGUAUAAAUGUUUCUAGGGUAUCACCAUUAUUUUUCAUCACAACCUUAACAGUCUUGGAGAUGGCGUUCAUUUUUGCUGCUCUUCCACUUCUUGAUGACAUUGCUGACUUGGGUUAAAUUUUAAAGAUCUUUCAUUUGAAGUUCGCAAGAAUGUUAAAGAUCUUAAACUUGAAGUUUGCCUACUGAUGUUAAGAAGGUUUAGGUCUGCAGACACUCAGCCAGUCAUCACUUUCCCCUCCCCUCAACUUUAAGCAAGGUCUUGGAGAUGGAGAUGAAUGCUGGCAUUCAUUGCAGCUCCCGAGAGUACUUGUGCAGCCCCACCCCAUUAUGCUCCAAAUAACGCAUGAAUGUGGGCAAGAUACACUUGUCACAUGUCUUUGUACUCCCCCCACCUCCACCCCUUCCGCUUGCUGCCACACACACUUGACACAUCUCAACCAAAUGAGUAGACCCCAGGACAGGAUUUCAUUGAUCUUAGUCCAAUAGUCGACUUGUUUUCAGCAAACUAUUUGCAGGCUUUCUUGUGCUUCAUCUUAAAAGGACAACUCAAGGCGGGGUCAGCGGCUUAGAUAUUAAUGGCUAUGUGAGUUAUUUUGAGGGCAAAGUAAAUUUCCACUUACGUACAAGCUAUAUACUGACUUCAUUGUUAUAUUGGGUCAAUUACUUGUUGUCCAGUCAAAAGCUAUCUCAAAAGUAUUUCCAAAAAUGUGAGUGGUGCGCUCACUUUUGUGAGCUACUAUAAUAGUAGUAGCAUUUUAUAACAAUUAGUAGCAUGUGUCGUUGCGGGCUUUGAAUUGGACACUUGCGAAGUUAUGCCAUGGAAAAGUAGCAUUUUUUUCGAGAUGGAGAUGUCAUAUUUUACAAUAUAUUACUACAAUAACUUAUUUCGGUUUUAAGCAAUCAUGAGCAGGAAUAACUAAGGGUACGAGAGCCAUGAAAUGUGAUUGUAGCUGAAACAAAAGUAAUGCUUUUUUCUGCAUGUUUUUUUUCCCCCUCUGCUUGUAUUGGUUUAUGAUUUCUGGUUGA